UCCAUUCAUGAUGUCGGAGGAGUUGCGGAAGGCAGGCAAUGUUAAAUACAAGGCGGCACUUGAAGAGGGCUUGUCUCCUGUCAUCAAGUGUUCUAGACUUCAGUCAGCAAUUAACCUAUAUGCCAGGGCCGCAUCUGAAGCCACUGGGCCAAGAAUGGUGAGUGAGUGGUCCUCAGCAACCAAGAAUCUCGGAAUGGCUACAAAGAGGAUGGCCCAAGAGUACAUGAAAGACAAACAGGACACAGGAUUUGCGAAGACUCUCAUAACAUUCCGAGAGGCCCUGAAAUACCUCGGCCAGGCUUUGGUCCGAGGUGCUUCUCUGCUGGGUGACGCUUGGAGCAGCAAGCUGCAAGAGGAGAUCAAGGCUUCUUACUUCGAGAUCUUGGAGGUUAUCGGUACCUUUGAUGACCCAAAGGAGAAGCUUAGAGAGAUGUACAAGGUUCUUAAGCUGUUGCCCGAUGGUGAGGUGCUCUCUGCAUUGGUCAGGUAUCAUAUUGCUGAUGUUCUCUUCAAGGAGUCGGUUCGUCUGCUUGAAAAAGGUGAAUAUAAAAAAAGCCUCGGAUUUCUCCACGACAUCCACCAACCUGUUGAAGAGGCUCUCAGUAUUCUACGGAAAGGGGAGCUUGCUGAGCAGGAUCUUGAAGCGGAUGAGCUUCGCGUGGACCUGGAGAUCAUUCAGCAGGAUGCGCAGUUCCAAAUCUGCACAGCAGAAUCCGUGCAGGCUCGGGAAAAUGGAGAGGCAAUGCUUGCACAUCUGUUGGACGAGGAGGUUUUGAACAUGGACACGCUCUUUAAUGCGAUGGACUGGUUCAAACAAGCUACUCUCAAGGCAUCCGAACUAAAUUUGGAGCAAGAAGCAGCCGCCCUAAGUUAUCUCGGCCUAAUCAAUGAGAAGAUCUUGUUCUCCAAGACCAAGACCAAGGUGUAUUACAAGCGCUGCUUGGAGCUGGUUGAGGCAGCUAAACCCAGGACCUUCAUUGGUCACAAGUGGUACACGCAGUGCGUAGCGGGAUUCAAGAAGAUCCAGGAUGAGGAAAGAUGGAGAGAUGAAGCCGCACAACGGAAAAUAAAACAAAAGUUUUCCCGUCCGGUUAUGGGCGGACAUUAG